AAGAGCUUAGAGAAACAUGUGAGUGCACUGAAGAGCAUACAACAGACAACUUAGUGCAACUUUUGAUCACACGCAUCAACGGGAUUUAACUUUUGAGCAAGGAAACUAAUUUCGAUUUCUGUAUAUAACCUGAUCACUUGUAGUUUUUUUACUUUUCCUAAUUUCGCAUACAUAUACUAAAUGUUUUUCCCCAAUGUAAUAACAAUAUAACCAGCACUUGUCUUAAUUUAUUAGUGUUUUUUAUAUUUAUCUUUACUAGCAUUCAAUUCAGAGUACUUUAUUAGCGAAUAAUUGCUUAAUCAAUCUGAAUUUAUUAUUUUAAGGAAACUUUUAUUGACGUGUGGGGACUGUAUUACAGCAGCCCCGUUAUUUCAGAGCAGCCGCGUUUCGCCUUUCGUUUAAUCCCCUGUAAAAUGAAGCAUUUGAAAUUUGUGCUCUUGUUGGCCAUCGCGGCCAAUUUUUGGGAAUGUGGUGAUGCGAAAUUCGGCGAGAAAGGAGAAUUAAGUCCAAGGAGGAGGAGAUGUUACGAUGGAAGUCUACCGAAACGCCUGAAGAAGAAGGAGCGAAAGCUGUCACUGGAGGGAAGCGGCGGAGGGGAGGUUUGUCACAGGCUCUAUCCGCGUGUGUCUUGCUGUCCGUCCAGGAGGGCUCCGUAUCAGAUACUUCACCGGAGAGAUGCUCGGAUCUUUUCAACCAAUAACACAGAGUGUUCUAUACUGCUGGAGGAGAUUAAGUGUGCCCAUUGUUCACCAAAUGCCCAGAUGCUCUUCCACUCACCCAAACUUGACAAAGUGUCACACAGAGAACAGGACCUACCCCGUUUAUGCCAUGACUACUGCCAAGAAUUCUACUACACCUGUCGGGGACAUGUUCCAGAACUGUUCCAAGCUGACGUGGAUGAGUUCUGCCAAUACUAUGGAAGGAAGGACGGAGGCCUGUGCUUUCCAGAUUUCCAUCGAAAACAAUUGGACCGAGAUUCCAACUACCUGUCAGAUGAAAAAAUUGAAGUGUUAAACAGAAAACAUAAGCACAACUGCUACUGUACUCAGGAGAUCCUCAGUGGUCUUCGACAGCCUGUCGGUGUGGUGCAUUGUGGAGAUGGAUCCCAGCGUCUUUUUAUUUUUGAGAAGGAGGGCUUUGUCCGGAUCUUAACACAUGACUUGGAGCUCCUAAAGGAGCCAUUUUUGGACAUACAUAAGCUAGUCCAAAGCGGUAUAAAGGGCGGAGAUGAAAGGGGCUUGCUAAGCCUUGGAUUCCACCCCAAUUAUAAGAAAAACGGAAAGCUCUACGUCUCCUACACAACCAGCCAGGAGCGUUGGGCUAUCGGACCACACGACCACAUUCUCCGCGUGGUAGAGUACACAGUGUCCAGAAAAAAUCCCAACCUGGUGGACACAAGGACUGCCCGGGUUUUAAUGGAAGUAGCGGAGCUCCACCGGAAGCAUCUGGGUGGGCAUCUCCUGUUUGGGCCUGAUGGGCUUCUGCACAUCUUUUUAGGCGAUGGUAUGAUCACUUUGGACGAUAUGGAAGAGAUGGAUGGUCUGAGUGAUUUCACAGGUUCUGCCCUUAGAGUGGACGUUGAUACAGAUUGCUGUAACACUCCCUACUCCAUACCCAGAAACAAUCCCUAUUUUAACAGCACCAACCAGCCCCCAGAAAUAUUUGCACAUGGACUGCAUGAUCCAGGGAGGUGUACAGUGGAUAAGCUCCGCAUGGACAUCAAUGGAAGUCUACUGAUCCUGUGCACGGAUACCGUGGGCAAAAAUACAACCACAGGCAGGAUCCUGCAGAUUAUCAAAGGGAAAGACUAUGAAAAUGAGCCAUCUAUGUUUGACCUGGGGUCAAAUGAAGGUGCCACACCAGUUGGUGGUUUCAUCUACAGGGGAUGUCAGUCAAGACGACUUUAUGGAAGUUAUGUAUUUGGAGACAGAAAUGGGAACUUCAGAAUUCUCCAGAGACCUUCAGAAGACAGGUUGUGGCAGGAGAAACCUCUUUGUCUUGGUAGCAGCAGUUCCUGUGGUUCCUCACUGGUAGGCCACAUCCUGGGGUUUGGCGAAGAUGAAUUAGGUGAGGUCUACAUUCUUGCAUCAAGCAAAAGCAUGGCAACACAAUCACACAGUGGAAAGCUCUACAAGUUGGUGGACCCCAAGAGGCCACAGGUCCCCAAGGAGUGUAGAAGGCCAGUAGAGGAUCCAGAGAUGCUUAGCACCGCUUGUUCUCGUGAAUGCAAGAACGGUCAUUGUACACCCACCGGAAAGUGUUGCUGCAGCCCGGGCUGGGAGGGCACCUUCUGCUUACGAGCCAAGUGUGAACCAGCCUGUCGCAACGGUGGGGUCUGUGUGGAGCCCAACAAGUGUCUCUGCAAAGAAGGUUUCUCUGGGGCACAGUGCGAGAAAGGUGAGCGUGGGACACGAGGAGAUGGUGAGAAAGACAGCAUACUGGAGCACAUCAUUGACAUGACCUCUUACCUGCUGGACCUCACCAGUUACAUUGUAUAAUGAGCAGUUCAGGGUGAUACAGCGCUCUUCUGCAGUUGGCAGACCGAACGUUAAGGGGGCCUUUCAGAGUUUGCCUUCACCAUCCCGAAUCUUCAACCUGCCCUCACCUGAUCUUCCUCUCCCACCACUGUUCUGUUUCAUGAGCCACAGGCUUUUGAUUUUCAAGUUCCCCUACACCAUCUGCACUACCCAUCCCUAUGCACAAAUACACAUAGAAAACAAUAACAGAGUGGCCAACAGAACUUCACCUCGCAUAGCUGAAAGGGGUCGCAUGCUGGAGGUACCACGCAGGAGUCAAGAGUAUCAUAGAGGUUGUCCUGCAAGCUGCAACCCACAGUUUCUACUGCUGGUAUGGUGUCUAAAGUCUGGUCUACUUUAAAGUCAAUUGUCCUAGCAACAAUUCGUCAAAGGACUCAUAAAGGACUGGACGCCCCAUAUGAGACCAAACCUGAACGCUUGGUCCGACCCCACGUGGGCACCCGUUCGUACUACAGGACUCUAAAAACGGAAGACAAAUUGGGAUUUUAGGGACUUGCUGCACGUCAAGAUCAACAAACAGCUCAUUUAGGGAAGUCAAAUGGACAGUUACCAAACUGAAUUGUACCAUAAAUAAGUUACUGUCUUGGGAUUCACAUGUUGCUCAAAGAAUAAGGGAGGUAACACCAGACUAGUAAAUGCAAUCAAAACCACACAACAGACUACUAUCUAGCAGGUCUGUGUAUAACUGGAGAGUCAUUGGAUGGGACUUGAUGCCAGUUUACAGUGCAUGCAGUUUAUAAAACGGAUCUGCUAAAAUGCCAUUGAUCUUCUUGAUAUAAAAGCUGAACUACAGUAAUCAAUGGAGAUCCGCCAAAGUCUAAACUGAAUAUUGGUUGUAUCCCAUUGAUGUUUCAUUUAGAUCACAUAAAGUGAAAUGUAAAUCUUUAAGAAUGUUCUCACAGUCACUUUGAUCGCAUUAAUUUAAUACACAUGACAUGUUGGAGAUGAAAAUUUUGAACUAGUUUGCAGAGAAAUCAUAAAGAGGAUACUGCUCUGGUUAAAGCUACAGUAACAGCUAUAUUAUUUUCUUAUAGUUGUCCAUGUCCAUGCACGCUGCUUUCAUUUGCGAAUUGUAUAUCUUACUAUAGUUUAAAAUGUUUAUAUAUCUAGUUCGUAAUCUGUGUGAUGUCAAGCACAGAAAUCUUUUUUUUUCACGUGAAAGAUCCUUGUAAGAUGAUUUUAAACAAAUAACUGCAACAAUCUUUUAUCACUUUGAAUGUUGAUUUGUCUGUCACAAAGAAAAAGCUUGAUCUGUUGUUCCAUUCAACAGUUUUGCUUUGUUUUUUAUAAACUCCAGACUAUAUUCAGUUUUGUCAUUUAAAAAAGGGAACAAGGCUGGUGACUGGUGUACAUUUCAUAUAGUACUGUACUGAGAUACGUAUUAGACUUGCCAUUAUUUGAUAGAGGAUGGUUUAUUUUUUUAAGGAAUAAUAUAUGGGAGAGGAGAGUAAUAGCAAUUUUGCAUUAAGUACGUAAAGACGUACACAUGCUUAACACAGUUCCAUUGAAAAUAUGACGUCUAUAAGAAUCUACUUGUUGUACACUUUCUAUCAAAAAAAACACAAAAAAACUUAAACAUAGAUUUUUCUUUCCAACUUUUGCUUUUCUCUAAAAUGCUAAAGCUAUAAUUUUAGGGCUAUUUUUUCAAAAACACAUGAAUGAAUACAGUGUCACUAAAGAUACUUUAUGAUGCUGUCAUCGAUUUUUGUUUACUUACAUAGCUCAUCAUAUUGCCUCAUAGAAUCAUAAGCUGUUUUUAUAUUUACUGAAUAUAAAUGUCUGAAAUUAAAAUAAAACAGUACAUUAUGUCAAUCAGCUUUAGGCUAAUUUGUAACCAGCCAAGUCAUCAAUAUUUCUGUUUAAUUCAACCUUUUUUGUGUGCUUCUUGUAAGAGUAAUUUGAUGUUGAAGUGUUACUGUCACCUCUAGAAUAGUUAGGUUUAUUCAGUGUUAUUAGUAUAAUUGUUUCUCCCAAAGAUAAGUAUACCAACAGCAAACCCCAUGUGUUUAUUACGUUCUCUACAGUGCAUUUUUAACAUUCUUUCUUACAGUAAGUGUAAGGAAUUCAUGCUGUAAAUCUACUCAAUAAUUUUAGCACUUAAUGUGAAAUCUGCAUUGGAGCUGCUGGGAAGGUGUCGUGUGAAUAGAGUAACCCUUUUCUUUUAUUAUUUAAGUAGUAACACCGUAAAGCUAUUUAAGUUGUCUACAAUGUUCUUACUGUUAUAUGUGAAGAAAUAUGAUCAUUUAUUGUAAAUAAAAGUAGGGCUAUCUUGGGUUCUUCUCGGAAAUAUCAAUAUGUUUAUUAAAGUCUAUAGCAUGAUUGAAAACUAAAUAAAA